UUAGCUCGCUGUUAGCUACUGCCUGGAGCUGACUGUCGAGGUGUUAUCAGCUUAGUAGCCGAUAUCAGUAUAUAUUUUUCUUUUAACAGGCGCAAUGAUGACCCUCUGACACCAAGAAUGGACAUAAGUUAACAAUGACGGGGGAGAAAAAGAAGAAAAAGCGGCUGAACCGCAGCAUUCUUCUUGCAAAGAAAAUUAUAAUAAAAGAUGGAGGAAGUCCUCAGGGAAUCGGUGAGCCCAGUGUUUACCAUGCUGUGGUGGUCAUCUUCCUGGAGUUUUUUGCAUGGGGUCUCCUCACCACCCCGAUGCUCACGGUAUUACACCAAACAUUCCCCCAACACACAUUCCUGAUGAAUGGGCUUAUUCAUGGUGUCAAGGGCCUAUUAUCAUUUCUGAGUGCCCCACUGAUUGGAGCUUUGUCAGAUGUAUGGGGACGCAAGUCUUUCCUGCUGCUAACGGUCUUCUUCACGUGUGCACCCAUUCCACUGAUGAAGAUCAGCCCAUGGUGGUACUUUGCAGUCAUCUCCAUGUCCGGCGUCUUUGCUGUCACCUUCUCUGUGAUCUUUGCUUAUGUGGCGGACAUCACGCAGGAGCAUGAGAGGAGCACAGCAUACGGUUUGGUAUCAGCUACCUUUGCAGCCAGCCUGGUUACCAGCCCGGCCAUCGGAGCCUACCUGUCUGUUGCCUACGGUGACACCUUGGUGGUGAUCCUGGCCACGGCCAUCGCCCUGCUCGAUAUCUGCUUCAUCCUUGUGGCUGUGCCAGAGUCGCUGCCAGAGAAGAUGAGGCCAGCAUCGUGGGGUGCACCGAUCUCCUGGGAACAGGCAGACCCCUUCGCUUCUCUGCGUAAAGUGGGUCAGGACUCCACGGUGCUCCUCAUCUGUAUCACAGUGUUUCUCUCCUACCUCCCCGAGGCCGGCCAGUACUCCAGCUUCUUCCUCUAUCUCAGACAGGUCAUAGGCUUCUCAUCAGAGACAGUGGCUGCCUUUAUCGCUGUAGUGGGGAUCCUGUCAAUACUAGCACAGACGGUGGUGUUGGGGAUCCUGAUGCGUUCAAUAGGAAAUAAGAACACAAUCCUGCUUGGCCUCGGCUUCCAGAUCCUUCAGCUGGCGUGGUAUGGCUUUGGCUCUCAGCCCUGGAUGAUGUGGGCAGCUGGAGCCGUUGCAGCCAUGUCCAGCAUCACUUUCCCUGCCAUCAGCGCAAUUGUGUCCCGUAAUGCAGACCCAGACCAACAAGGUGUUGUCCAGGGGAUGAUUACAGGGAUUCGGGGCCUCUGUAACGGUUUGGGCCCUGCUCUUUACGGUUUCGUCUUCUACUUGUUCCACGUGGAGCUGACCGACACGGAUGGCUCUGAGAAAGGUGUCAAACCCAACAUGGCCAACCCCACUGAUGAGAGUGCCAUCAUCCCAGGUCCUCCAUUCCUGUUUGGUGCAUGCUCAGUGCUGCUGUCUCUGCUGGUCGCCCUGUUUAUCCCAGAGCACACGGGCCCUGGCAUGAGGCCAGGCGCCUACAAGAAGCACAGCAACGGGGCGCAGAGUCACUCUCACAGCCCACAGGGCAGCGGGGCAGAGGGCAAGGAGCCUCUGUUGGAGGACAGCAGUGUAUAACCUCAGCUAAGGGGGGGCAGACACCCUCACUCCACCCCAAAACCCCUGCACACAUGGACAGAUACACACAUUUUACAACAUGGCCACACUUGUACCUCAGGCAUCAGACUCAAGUGCCGCGAAGAGGUCUUUGUGUCUGUGUGUUUGUGUCCACAGCACAAAAGUGGGCAGUCGUUCGUUAGCAGCCCUUUUUCUUUUUUAAAAGCAGGCUAUUGUGAGGACUCUCUAAAGACCCUGUAUGAAGAGAGUGUGAGUAUUUUUCGGGCUGCAGUGGAAAGGUGUGUGUGACUUGGCUGAGCUGGACUCUAAUCCUUGGUUUCUAUAAAGCAGUAACAGAGUGGAGCAUACAGCAGUUCGCCCCCCCUCCCAGAACCGAAGUGAUUUGGUUUUGAGUGUGAGUGGGGUAUAUCUCAAAUGUUACUAAAUCCCUGUGUGAUUAUUCAUAUUCCUCUGUAGCCAGUGAAGUGGCAACUUUGUCUGUUUGUCCAACGAAAGUGUAACAAACAGUUAGUUGAGCACUUGUCUAAUGGUCUUUCACACAUUAACUUCUGUUCUGAUGCGACUACAGCUCUGUUAAAGCAUCCAAGAAGGGAACACAGUUUUUCCUCUGUGUGCACAGCAGGGAAGCACAGCAACUAUAAACCUGUGAGAGGAGACUCUGCAGACCAGUGUUGGAGAGGCGCUGCUUAAUCUCAAGUCAGGAUGGGUCAACCAGUUCACAUAUGAAAAGCUUCGUAAGACCACACUUUGUUUAAAUGUCACACUUCUUACAGAGAGAAGUGUGCAACUGAGACCACUUUAUUAGCUGAAACUGUUUUUCAAUGUUUACUUGCCAUUCUCUAGAUUAGUAGUACAGUUUGGGUUGUAUAUUUUUCUCUGUUCAAACUGAAGGCUAGUUGUGCUUCAAGUUUUUAUUCAAGAAACAAAUGUUGCCUUGAAGUGACUUAAGAUAAAUAUAUAUAUAUAGACAUUACGUAACCUGUAUGAAGACCGAGGUCUGAGAAGGCUUUGUAAUCUUAUGCUAUCGCUCCCAUCGGAGCCGUUACACACUUUCUAUUCCUUUGUUUUCACGUCCUUCCUGUCACUUAGUUUGCUGACAUUUAUCAUCAACAGGGUUAAGGCUUACAGAACCAUGGUUUUAUUUUAAAAGCCUCUGGACCAUUAGGAGCUAGUGCGUUGCUAUCAGCAUGUCAGUGUUGGCACUGACUGUUAAUAAGGAGACUGAAUUAAUAUCAUUAGGUUAAACAAAAUAUCAGUGAUGCUGCUGAAGUGGAAAAUUCAAAGGUUAAGUAUGAUGUAAUGUGGUGGAUAACGAUUUAGACAGGGGAACCUAUAAAAACGUUUUCAUGUAAUCCCUGACAUUUAAGAUGCCAUACAAACAGUCAUUACAAGGCACAGCACAUCUCUCAAACAAUAACUAACGACAGAUGGUCAAAAUCUUAGAUGUGAAGCACAUCAUGGAACUGGCUUGUAACUCACUAACUCAUCGCAUUUAACAGGUUGCAUUUCUUCCACAAGGGGGAGGGGCUCGUUGUCAGACCAGCUCUAUACUUGCCAACCUGCAUCACCUAUAGGACAAAAAGUGGCAGCGGUAGUAGUCCAGACCAGUAGAAGAUGAUGUGCUGGUCGCCUCCCACAGGCAAGGAGAGGAAAAGCUGUUUCAAUUUUAACAGAUGUUACAGCUGCAAAUUUUUUUUUUUAAAUAUAACAUCAUUAAGUUUCACUCAUGUUUAUUCAUCCACACAAAGAUGAAAAUAACAGCGCUCCCAUCCUAAUCGACCACUGAUGAUUACCAAAACGUAGUAAAUAAGAAGAUACUCAUAAAAUAAAACCACACCAAAAAAACAACACAAAAUAAUAGAAAUAAAUGUUUAAAACAAGUAAAAC